AUGUGUUCAAGACAUGAAGAAAAUGGAAUUCCUGUUUGCUCACCGAUUCAGACACUUAAUGAUUUACUUCACUGGGAACCAGGACAAGACAGCCUCUGUAUUAGCAGAGAACCCUUACAGCCACGAGCUCCUCAUCCUCCGCGUCCACUUACUCUUGUGUGCCAUGACAUGAUGAUGGGUUAUUUAGAAGACAGAUUUGUCCAGAGUGUGAACAAAGAAAAUGGCUACAGAUUCUUUAAUUGGCAGUAUGUUGAUAUCUUUGUCUACUUCAGUCAUCACUUUAUCACAAUACCUCCAUGUGGUUGGAUUAUAUCAGCACACAGGAAUCGAGUACCCAUAUUAGGUACACUGAUUACAGAAAAUGAGAAAGGAAAAAAUAUUUGCAAACAGUUUUUGUCUUCACCAUCUAAAUUCAUGGCAGUUGCAGACAAAAUGAUUGAAAUUGCUGAGUACUAUAACAUGGAUGGAUGGCUGCUUAACAUUGAAAACAUUGUACAUAAAACUCAAAUCCAACAUCUGUGUGACUUUGUUUCCUAUCUCAAGUCUAAAAUGGGUCAGCGUAUUCCCAAUUCCAAAGUGAUAUGGUAUGACAGUGUCAUAAACAAUGGCUCAUUAUGUUGGCAAAAUGAAUUAAAUGAAAAAAAUAUGAUUUUCUUUGAGAAAUCUGAUGGAUUGUUUCUUAACUAUAACUGGAGCAAAGAAAACUUAUCAAAAUCUAAACAGUUGUGUACUGAGAAAAGCCGACCAUAUGAUGUUUUUGUUGGUGUUGAUGUGUUUGGUCGUGGCUGUUAUGGAGGAGGAGGCUACAACACUAAUAAAGCUUUGGAAGUAAUCAGAACUGAAGAGUUGUCUGCUGCAAUCUUUGCCAAUGGUUGGGUUUAUGAAUGUCAUGAAUCAAAAAACUACCUGGAAAAUGAAACAAAAUUCUGGUCCUUGUUGCAUGGAUUUUGCCCAAGCCACUGUCCAAUUGCAUUGCCUCUAGUUACUUCUUUCUGUCAUGGAUAUGGACAAAACUAUUUUCUUAAUGGUGAAUGUAUUUCAACUCAAGAAUGGGUGAGCUUGGGCCUGCAACAAUUACAGCCGGUUAAGUGUAAAGAAACUAAUGCUGUCGUCUCUCACAUGAUGUACUUGGAUGAUGCCUUUUUAGGUGGAGGUUGUUUAUUGGUUGAGAAGCAAACUUUAAAGAAAAAUAAGAAUAUGAGCAGUAUCUUCAGCUGUUGUAUUCCUGUUACUGAGCCGCUACUCAUUUCUUAUACAACCAAGCAUCUCUUUAUUGACUGUUCAAUUCAGCUAGAGUUGACACUGCAAAAAGAAAACAAUGUAACAAUAUUGAUGUUCUCUGAUGUUGGUCAUUCAUCAACAGAUUAUCAAAUAUCUGAAUUAAAGAAGGAAAAACUUCUCGACAUUUUUGGAGAAAAUGUGGAUUUUCUUCCUUCAAAUGGACAUAAUGGCUGGCAGCAGCAUUAUUUCCUUUUAGAUGAAAAUUGGAUCUCUGCAAAAAUAACAGACAUUAGUAUUGGUAUAGGCAACAAAUCUGAUUGUAAAUUUUCUUUUCUAUUUGGACAGUUACAGAUUCUUCCUAUUGAGAAUUUAUGGAGCAGCAAAAAACCUGAUGUCUUGAAUAUAGGGAUGGGGAUAUUUUAUCUAUACAUGACUUUUUUUCUAAACAGCUCCAAUUCUCAUAUCAGUGUAGUUUAG